AGGACAAAAAAUAAGCAUGAUCCUUCCCACAUUCAAAGGCAUAAAAAACCGGUAGUCACAAAAUCAACAAAGAAAUUAGAUACCGGAAAAGAGAUGAAGAGGAAAAAAGUCGUACAACAUGAAGCAGGAGAAGAGGAAGAGUUUGACCCAGCGAUGAAGCAGGAUGUUAAAUUCUUUGUACAAUAUCCGCCCAGUCAUGCAAUACGAUAUGCUUCUUACAUGAACCCGAAAGUUAAAAAAGAAUUGAAGGACAAGCUUACGGAUAGACAGUUUGAACUCUUUUCCGAGACUAUAUUUGGGAAAUACCUCGACAUGCAGCAUUGUGAAGUUCAACCACAGAUGUUCAGGUGUUUUAUGGUUAGAGAGCUGGAAAAAAGUACCCCUACUGCUUUGUUAUUGAUGUUAAUGGUUUCGAAUUGACGUUCAAGCUUUUCGAUUUUGCAUUAAUGACUGGGUUGAAGUGUUUCGGGGAAGAAAUUGUCGUUAACUCUAAGAAAAAUAGACUGUUGGAUACAUAUUUUGGGGGUUCCGACAAAAGUGUGAAAAAGACUGAAUUGCUUGAAUGCUUUAAGGAUCAGAAUUGGGGCGUUGAUGAUGAUGCAGACGGAGAUGCUGUAAAGAUUGCAUUACUGUAUUUUAUCCAUACAUACAUCCUAUCCGGUGAGAAAAACAAUGUAGUGAUUCCAAGGCUCCAUUUUGACUUGGUAGAGAGUGGGCGGUACGUAGACUAUACAUGGGGAAAGGAAGCGUUUGAUGAUUUGGUCAGAAGUAUUCACCAUAAGAUGGAUAAGACAAAACAGUAUUAUUGCCUUCGUGGUUUUCCGUUUGCUAUGCAAGCAUGGCUAUACGAGUGCUGCUCAACGUUUCCCCAAAUUUGGUAGUAAAAAAUGGAGAUCGUAUUCCUAGAAUGUUCAUUCGGAAAACUAUAGAUGGGACUCCACAUUUUAAAGAUCUCAUGACUAGAAUGUUCAAUGAAGAAGACGAGUCAGAGGUAAUUUGCACUCAUUAUUUUUAAUGCAAAAUUACAUGGAUGUUCAAAUUAAGACAACGUACUUUUCAACAUAUAUUUGAAUCAUAAAUAUC